AUGGACUUGCAAGGUAGACUCAAGAAUCUUACAAUAGAUAAAAAGGUUUCUAGAUCAAUGUGUGCUACUGCAAUCAUUGCACAUGAUUUACCGUAUAAAUUUGUGGAGUUUCCAAAAAUUAGGGAUUGGAUGAAAUAUCUGAACCCUGACUUUUCUCCUAUUUCAAGAAAUACCGCUAAGGCUGAUGUUGAUGAAAUAUUCAAGACAGAGAAAGAAGCUCUUAAGAAGGAGUUAGAUAAUAUUCCCUAUAGAAUUUCACUAACUUCUGAUAUGUGGAUAACUUGUACAAGUGAAGGUUAUAUUUUCUUAACUGCUCAUUAUGUUGAUUCCAAUUGGAAUUUGAAGAGUAAGAUUCUAAACUUUUGUCAUAUGCCUCCUCCACACACGGGAUCUGAAAUGUCAAAAAAGAUUCUUGACUUUUUAUCAGAUUGGGGAAUUGAGAAGAAGAUUUUUUUACUCACAUUAGAUAAUGCUUCUGCUAAUGACGUGAUGCAAGCUCACUUGAAAAGACAACUUGUCUUGCAAAACUGGUUAUUAUUUGAGGGAGAGUUCUUUCAUGUUCGUUGCUCAGCGUAUGUUUUAAAUUUGAUUGUGCAAGAGGGUUGGAAAGUAAUUGGUGAUGCAUUGGAAAAGAUUAGGGAAAGUGUCAAAUAUGUGAAGGGCUCUGAGGGUAGAAUGAAAAAAUUCAAGGAAUGCAUUGAACUCAUUGGCGGUAUUGAAACAUCGGCUAGUUUAUCUUACGAUGUUUCCACUAGAUGGAAUUCUACUUAUUUGAUGCUUCAAAGUGCAUUGAAGUACCGACGUGUAUUUGCAAGCCUUAGUUUUCAUGAUGAUAAUUAUAAGGUUUUCCCUUCCGAAGAUGAUUGGAAAAGAGGAGAUAAGAUAUGCACAUUCUUGUUGCCAUUUUAUGAGACAACAAACUUAAUUUCCGUAACGUCUUAUCCUAUUUCCAAUUUGUAUUUUUUGCAGAUUUGGAAAAUUCAGUGUGUUUUGAUGGCAAGCAUCAAAGAUGAAAACACUCUUAUAAGAGACAUGGCUGAAAGAAUGAUGAUCAAGUUUGAGAAGUAUUGGAGUGAUUAUAGUGUGGUUCUUGCUCUAGGAGCGGUUCUUGACCCAAGGAUUAAGCUUACCUCUUUGGAAUACAUGUAUGAAAUAGUUGAUCCACUUACCUCAACAAUUAAAACAAAUGAAAUCAAGUAG